CGAAUUUAAACGGCAUCAGCAGGAAGUUAACCGGAGGAAAGUCACCGAGCGCGAACUCGCCAACCUCAACAGCAAGAUUAGCAAUGAUCUGUAUGUGUUCGUAUCAAUUAAAGGACCGGCUCUCGUACGAGCUGGACUCUCGUACUAGCGUUUACGAAUAGAAGCUCAACGGUACAAAAUCGUUUGCUACUUAUCUGUAUUUUUGAUACCACGCAUCCGUAGCAGUCGCAACAACCUUUUAAUCAUUCCGUUUGUGACGCCAUGAUGCUGAUCUGUGUUAUAGAAGUGCCAAUUCCGACUGUUUAAAAAACAUAUUGGGAAACUCUUUUCACAAAGUGUCAAUGUCAAGGACAACUAUCGAAGACUGAUAACAUUGAGUCAUUGGGAAGUAGCUAGCUCAAAUAAAUCAUGUUAAUGUAAAACAGAUAUGUGCAAUCGUCGUAUAUGUGCGACUUGCCUUAAUCGCUUGAGCUAGCCGUCAAUAGCUUAUUACUCGAAUGGGUCAUGCUCUAGCGUUGUUUGCUUAUGCCCAUUUAUACAUGUGGAAACUAUCACACAGUAGUGAUGCAGCUUAUAAAUCGCCGUUGCCGUCAUAUAUUACCCAAUAACUAUUAAAAUUGCCAAACUGGCUUUUUUCAUACCUUUGCCUAAAGUGCGUUGCGUGACCCGUUUUGAAAGCUAGAAUAGUUGAGUUUAUGGAGAUAGAAUUAGAUUCAUAAACCCUAUUCUCAUUUCCACUUACUAGAUGACCCGCGUGUCAAAAGUGUCUUCGUGUGAAUGUGACAUUUCAAAAUCAGACUAGUCCCUAGUCUUAGGGUAUCCCUAGAGUACGUCCAUUUGAUGUCGGAAAGGACUAUCCGAUCACAAAGUGUCAUCCCGACAAGAGGGUCAUGACGUGCGUGAUCUUACGCGUCCACGCCCUGAUAUAUGACAGUAGACGUCAACUGACGUCGCAGUAGCACGUCAGGCGUAAUUUCCAACUCGUCGCUACUACUGCUAGCAUGAGCCAAAAACCGUUGUUAACAGAAUUAGCAGACCCCGUUGAGUUGUCGUUACCGCUAUGGGCUGGUAUGCUGCCAACGGUACACAACACCGUUGCAUAGUUGCCCUAUAACUAAACAAUGACGGAUUUAAACCUCUCCCAAACGAUUUCUACGUAGACUGCGGCUGACGAUAAUCCAUAUUUUGAAUGAUGAAUGUCAAGGGCAUUCAUGGACACCUUAAGGCUUAUACACAAGCAGCAUUUGAUCUCCUAAUUGGCGAGUCUAAAACGGCCAAAGCUGUGCUGAAAUUGCUUAGCUGAUGUCGAGCAAACGUAUUCUUUAACUCAGUUACGCUGGUAGGUUUGCUAUAACAAUGAUGUGAACACAUCCAUUUCGAAUAAAUAAUUUAGACAGGACUCAGCCAUAGGAUCUGCGGUAUAUAAUACUCAAACGAUCUAAUACCAAAGCCAUCAUCGGGAUCUGAUGGAGGUGUCCCUAAACAACAUCCAUGUCGCAUGUGUAAUGCAACAUUAAAAGAGCAUUUGAUAUUUUUCUUUCAUUGAAAAACGUCUCAUACCAUUUCAUGGAGAGCACGCAGACAGAGCUCCCCUCUGUGCAACAUGUUAAGAUACUGCACUUUGGUAUGAGCCUACUCAUACCAUAAAAAAUACAUGAUAUUUUUCCAUAGAGAUUUAAUUACAGUUGAACUGGUGAUAAGGCGAUAAUACAAAACACAUUAACCACGAUAGCGUUCCUUAUUAGUUUAGUCAGAUAUUAUUUAUACUAUGGAUAUUGAGACAAAAUUAACGUUUUCGAAAUUAAGCCUAUUUCUACCGAACAUAAAUAAAUAGGGACACACAAAAUACAUCGGCGUUUAUAACGACAAGACGCCGAAAUCUUAAGCCUGACUAGGGAUCUGCACCUGUGAUCUAUCUCAUUUAACGGAGAGUGGCGUUCAACACGUCCACGUGUCAUUUAACGAUUUAGAUAUCGAAGGAGGCGAAAAAGAUGCUUACUAGCUACUACUGUCGUCGUGCAGCCUUAGCAGUUAUUUACUGCUACCUGGACCUGACUACCUGGACCUGACUACCUGGAGUUACUGUGCUCGUGGUUGUUCGAAAUGAAAGCACUCGGAUGAUUUCUCGGAGGUAGACAAAGCCGUUCCUUACUGAUUGCGCUACGCACGAUGAAUUUUCCGAAGGAAAUUUGUAACUUCAACUGUGGUUCGCCCAGCGGUAGCCAAUGGAUGCCAUCUACUAGCUUGUGGUUUGUUGCGUUGCUAGGGAAACUUGAACUUGACUGAGGUCUGCUAGCGGAUCUAGCAGGUAGAGCGUGUGAGAAGCCGAGGCCGCCGUGGUUUGUACUCCAACGUGAGACUGCCUGCCAAGCAAUGUCGACUCGAGCUGAAAUCUCGUCAUGGAUAUAAACGUGCGACCAGCAACGGCAGCCGACUGGAGCGAGAGGACGCUUUCUAGCCGCUGAUGUACGCCAGUACGGAGGUGCUAUCCGAAAGAUAGUUGAGUCAGCAGACGUGCGGUUUAGGAAUUUGUACGUAGAUGCCCCUAACUAUCCCGACACAGAAAACUUGAUUCUGCCCAAACACAGCCCACGGAACAAAAGGUGUCAUGCCAUCUCUUAACUCUACACUGAUAUCAUCCUGUUGCCACCGAGUGCAGCAAGAAUAUGUUCCACUCGGUGGCAUAUCCCCUAAGAUGACUAGAUCUCAAGAUUCACUAGCAAAAGCACAGAAAGAAUACAAAGAUAGAUCUAAGGUACUGAAAUGGAACUUCGUUCGGCGAUGGCGUUCUCAGGGCAAAAAUAAGGAGGAGAGAUCUACCCCUGGAGAUCGUGAUCUCGACAAGAACAUCAAGCUCAUCCUCGACAAGGCGGACAAGCUGCUAAAUAAACUGGAUGAGCAUGAACCAGAGCUCGCUGGCUCACAGGAUGAAGAGUGUGUCAUUUGUGUGGGGGCCAAGGCGACGAUGCAGACGUUUCCUUGUGGACACCGCGUCGUGUGUCGCAAAUGCUUUGUAAAGACGAUACAGAUGGCUGUAUCGCAGCGAAUGCUGCCCCUCCGCUGUGUCAUCUGUAGGACGAAGAUCAUCCGACUCAAGCAGACGACUGGUGGGUUUGCUACACCUGCCAGCCACACCCCGCAUCUGGCAAAUACCCGUGCUUGCCUCUUGCGUCAGCCGGGCGCUAUCGACCCGGAAGGUUUCGGGCGCUCUCCUUUUCUCACUCCGGAGGAUUACGAAAAGCCGCAACCGGCCAAGCAGUAUACAAGACAGGAGUGCCGUUUUCAUCGACACUGGAAAAAUAAGGUGGCGGCCGCGCCAUUGUCACAGGACGUUACUGACAUGCUCAUCGUGUCCGAGGCCGGAAAGGCCUCUAGGACCUCUCCGCUCAAAGAGGACCGACGCAAAAAACUCAGCCUGAAAGCAGACUUACCUCUUCUUGCGACACCGCCCCGCAAGAAGGAACUUAAACGGUCUCAGCCUUUAUCGCCGACGAUUAUUGUGGACAACUCUCGAAUAGUGCAUGACCAUAACAAUAUGUCGCAGUCGGUGCUCAAGGAGUGUAAGGAUACCUCAAACAAAGACAAGAGAUUGGUCAGACUCGAAGGCGUUGCCAAAGACCGACGGAAAAUUCACGCUGUUGUGGAGAAAGAGCUCGAAAUGAUUCCACUUGUUCGUCUUGAUAAACCACCCUCGCCGCGCAAACGGCGCGGCUCCAGAUCGAGUAUGGGUAGUACAGGAAGCACUAUCAGCAGCAGCAGUAGCAACAACUCUAAUUCGGUGUCCACUCCUGAGAUUUGUGUGACACCCCCGGGGGAGGAGGAGGAAGAAGGGGAGGCCCAUCUCAUUAUAACAACGCAACCAAUCAAAAAGCUUGAGUACCGCACGGAGAGGUAUUCGUUGCCCAGCAUUCCACCUCCCAAGUUGACCCUUGUGGAUCCACAGAAAGGCGACCGUCAACUCAGCAUCUUGGAUAACGCAAUUGACGAGGAAGACGAACUCCUGUUGGCCUUGGACGACGAGGGAUUGACAGAAAAAGGCAAUCUGGUCGAAAACACCCACCACGAAACUGUACAAAAAGUGGAGGUCACCUCUCCGACAGAAAUACGCAUCGCGCCGCCGCCUGACUUCCGACGAAGAUCUCAUAGAGUGGCGCCCGAAGCUCGUCUUCAAAAACAAUAUCCGCCAACAACGCGUUUCGAAAAAUUUAAAAACUUUCACGUCCGGCAGCCCUUGCCGUUGUUUCCAAUUCCGGAACGUGAAGAGAUCCAGGAAGGCAUCGAGCUGCGUGGUCGUUCAGCCGAAACUCAAGUGAUUACACAGGCGUUCUACAAGGUCGACGACAAAAUGGCCGUCUCCCAAAGCAUUCCCUUGAUUUCUGCUGACAAUAUGGUGACCGUUGGUGGGUCUUUCCUCAACUCAGCCGCACGUACAAAAAUGGCACUUCUAAGCAGUUUUAAACAGUUGAGAUCGAAGUCUCCUCUUAAAGCGUUUGGGGUCCGUUCAGGGAAGACCGUGGUGGUGCCAUUGCUCGACGUGGCGGGGUCUGCCCACAACAUGUAAACAAAUCACCAUACAAUUAAGGCAAGGACAAGCCGCAAUAUAGUUGCUCUGUCACAGCGCGAUAUGAGCAGAAGGUACGGAGCUCCUCGAAGUUGCGUGCGCGGCAAAGGCCUGCGUUGUGCAAGAAGUGGCAGUCAGGACUUUGUUGCGAAAAUAGGACAAAGCUAUUUCUACGCCGUUUCUGAUGAUUUUCGCUAGGCGCCGCGUAUUCCGAACAAUAUUGCGGCAUCCAUUAUGGCACUACGGCACCCACGUAAACGAAAUCCUAACGUCUCCCAGUAAUUGCAUAGUGGUAGAUGUGCGUGCACGAAGUCCAGCUGGAGUGAUUCGACGGGAGGACGUUUUGAUGGUUUUUCUCACAGCAGCGAUCGUGGAAGUUUUUCAUCCAAAAUAAGCCAGACGAGCACUCCGUAUCAACAUCAAGAGAGUAUAUAUAUAUAUAUAUAUAUAUAUAUAUAUAUAUAUAU